AUGGUAGAAAACUUAAUACUGAUAGUUAUGAUAACUCCGGUUCAGGAAGAAGAAGCUCUAAUAGCAGCAUACCGAAAAGAAAUCGAGGAUACAAUGGAGAUUGUUCGCGAGGAAAUGAAGCUUCUAGCGGAGGUGGACCAACCAGGAAGCAUGAUAGAAAACUAUGUAACGGAACAGAGUUUUGUCUUGUCACAGAAAGCAGCAGGGCUUGUCAGUCUCCAAGCGAGGCUAGCUCGGUUCCAACACCGUCUCAAGGAACAAGAGAUACUGAGCCGUAAGAGAGUUCCUCCCCGGUAGUUGGUAGAAGAAAGGAAACUAAAGAACGACUUAUGUGUGGUGUUGUCUCAGUGUGAAAGUUGCUUGGGACACAAUGAAUGAAGAAAAUGAAAUAUUAGUUUCAGU